ACACUAGUAUCAUCAGAAAAACAAAAAUUUGAUCUAGAUUCUUGCCCCAGGUCGCGAUUCGAUCUUCUUCAUUCCUGUCUCUCAAUCUCAGAUCUCAAUUCGUCAACGGGGAACGGUUUGCAGGCUGAAUUAUUAUGAGGAAUGGAAUCAUCUGACUGUAUACGCAACUUUUGCACCAAUCAUCAACUAUCUUGAUCUGGUUAGUAAUUCUUGUUGAAGAAUCUCUAAUUGCUCCAGUAAGAUGAUUCUUCAUGCUUCUUUUCGUUCUUGAACAUAUUUUCAUUUGUAUGAGAGGGUCUAAGUCAGACCUACCUACUCGGAAUUGAAAGAUCCACACAAACGAUCGAAUAUAUUUUACUUUCAAACCUAGAUCUGGAAAAUUCACAACUGUAAGAGAAAUGUCCUGUUUAGCGAUCUCACUCCAGCCAGUUAACGGUUUCGAUAUCCUACUUCAGACACGUGAAUGGUUCCCUCCUGCAAGAGCCCUAGUAGCUUUAAAGGCUUUUAGAGAGACUCGUAUCGCUUUCGCCUCUGGUAAACAUCAUUUCUCAGAGGAUGGCGAUACUUCCCUUGGAGACGAUCCGCUUGCUGCAUCAAGUGGACAAGUUAUUGUAGGAGUUGAAAGCCGUUAUCGAGUUGUUUAUCGAUUGGUAAAUUCCAUAUAUGUAUUAGCUGUUACUACGGUGGACGAGGAUAAUAGUGUCAACAAUGUUUUUGAAUGUAUUAGCGUUGUUAAUCAGGCUGUCAGUGUGAUUGUUACGGCAUGUAGAGGCGUUGAUGUAACGCCGGAGAAACUUGGGAAGAAGUAUGCUGAGAUUUACAUGGCGUUUGAUAUUGUUCUUCGCGGUGUUAGCAGUAUUAGGCUUGCGGCAAUGCUGGCAACUAUGCAUGGGGAGAGUAUAGCUAAGAUGGUACAUUCUGGAAUUGAUUCUGAAAAUAAAAUUAGAGGAGCUGAUAAUUGGACUAGUUUGGAAGUUCAUUCGUUAGAGCACCAGGCUGGAAUGGAGGCAUUUUCGCGUGCUAGUUUCGAGCUCCCGCCUGAAACUCUGGAGGCUGGCGAUGAAGUGGCUGUAACACUAGCCCCGAUUUCUCAAGGAACGCUUGUUGAACAAGAUCAACCUCAGAAGGCAGACGAAGAAGAGGGCGAGAAGGAUCCAUUUGCUGCAAGUGAGGCUCUUAACAAGCCGGAGGAACAGCUUGUUGGUGGAUUCAAGAAAGAUAAGGAUGCUUCUGCUAAUGAUUUGUCGAAAGCAUUGGCUGAGCUUGAAAUUACCACUUUACCCCCUCCUGCCGCCACUGAAUCGACCCACAUUGGUGUUGAAGGGUUUGAAGGGGAUUACGGUGGUAUAGAUUUCGGUAAUGAAGCAUCCACUCUUGCUGAAGAUUUCGAAGGAAUGAACCAAGCCUGGGGAGGUGGAUUGGAUGCAUCUGAAUUUGUUGAUGGGCCGAAGAAAGUCGCGAAAUCUCAAGGCCUUGGCGGGCUUGAAUUGUUACAAACAAGCGAACCACCUCCACCAACAGCAACUGCUCCGGCUGGAGCGCUCGAAAACAUUUUGGUCAGCAAGACUGAAAUGAAAGGACCGGAGAUGUAUAUAACCGAAGAAAUCAGCGCAGAGUUCCGCGAAUCGUUACUGGCGAGAGUCGGGUUAAUGGGUGUAGUCUAUUUGAAAACAUUGCUCCCGAAAUCUUCCGACAAAGAAACCGAAUUCUCCUUCAAGCUUGAUGCUACAAGUGGAGUUAAGAGGGUGGUUAUGGAAAGCUCCAAAUUAAGCAGCCUUGGAAAUGGGUUGUUUCACGUUAGAACCCCGCCAUCAGAGGAGCCGAUAACAAUCAUGAAAUAUAGUUUGCUUCCGCGUUUAACUCCGUUGCCUCUCCGUGUUCGGCUUGUGAAACGUCACAGUGGGACUUUGCUGUCGAUUAUGAUACAGUAUAUAUCAAACCCGGAUUUGUCUUUCCCACUUACAGAUGUUUCGUUUAUUCUUAAACUACCUGUGGAUCCUACUCUGCUGAAUGUUUCCCCAAAAGCUGUGUUGAAUCGGUCUGAGAGAGAAUUGAGAUGGCAGGUGGAUGAGAUUUCUCCGAAAAGUGUCCCUGGUAAAUUGAGGGCUAGAAUGCCUAUUGAUAGUAGUGAAGAUGAUAACGAAGAAGAGAUUGAGGUUGUUUGUCAAGUGAAAUUCUCGAUCCAAGGUUCGAAAACUUUGUCUGGAGUUAGUAUUGUUCCUGCUUCCGAGGGUAAAACUGAUUUUUACCUGAAGGAUCACAAGUAUUUUUCUGGGGUGUAUAUGUGCAAUUGAGUUGAAAUUGGGAUAUCUUUCUUUCCUCUUUGUCAAGGCUAUUAUUGUUCUCUGAAUUGUUUUGUCUCUUUUUCUUUGCUGUUGUUUCUCAUCCCAUUACUUCUUGUUUAUCAACAUUAUUCAUCUGUGUCUUGUUUUUCUGAAACUAAACAUGUAUAACAACACCCUUAGUGAUAAUUUGAGUUUUUUUUAUCGAGUUGAUGAUUACAUGAUUCUGGUUUAG